GGGCAGAGACAGAAGAUUGGAUUCGACGAGGACGAGGACGAGGACGAAGGAGAUCGCGGUCGAACAAUUCGCAGGAUCGCUGCGGAGGUGCUGGUGCUGGUGCUGUGAUAGAGGGGAGGGAGCCAUGGCGGUCGCGGCCACGUCGAGCCUGGCUCUGGGGGCAGUGUCGUCGUUGGGAGCCGUGAAUGCGAGGCUGAGCUCGAGAGUGGAGAAUGUGGGCGGCGAGAAAGCGCAUUUGGGCAGUAAAUUCGAAGCUUUGAGUUUGAAAUGUGGUGCUGUGAGGAGGAGCAAUGGCUCGUUCCAGGUGGUGGCCCAAGCCCAAGCUGCCGCUGCCGCCGCCGAGGUCGCCGAGGAGCGCACUAAUACUGCCAAUCCCGUCUCCAGGUUGAAAUCAAUUUACUUGGAGAAAGUCGUGCCGGCUAUGAAGGAAGAGUUCAAGUACACCAACUCCAUGGAGGUGCCAUACUUGAAGAAAAUUGUGGUGAAUUGUGGAGUGGGAGAAGCUGCGCAAAACGCCAAGUCCUUGGAGUCGACCAUCCGAGAUUUGUCUUUGAUCACAGGUCAAAGACCUGUGACAACCCGAGCAAAGAAGGCUAUUGCUGGAUUCAAGCUGCGCGAGGGCGUCCCGGUUGGAGUUUAUCUCACCUUGCGUGGAGAGGUUAUGUACUCAUUCUUGGAUAGGUUGAUGAACCUUGCGCUGCCCCGAACUAGGGAUUUCCAGGGAGUGAAUGCCUACAGCUUUGACGGCAAGGGCAACUACACUCUUGGUCUGCCAGAGCAGAGUGUGUUUCCGGAGAUUCGCUUUGAGAACAUAGACAAGGAACGUGGUAUGGAUGUUUGCAUUAUGACCACUGCCAAAAACGAUGCUGAAGGCCAGAAGCUUUUGUCGUUGUUGGGUAUGCCAUUCAAGGAUAGCGUUGGUGGUAGAUCUGCAUCUUCAGUUAAGAAGAAAGCCAAGAACAUGUAUAAGACAGGCAAGAGACGGUAGUAUACUUAGAAGAAAAUAGUAUCAGGCAAAACAACCUCUCUGUGGUAGGAAAUUAUUUUGGUGGUGUUUUCACUACCAGUGUCUGCCCGCAUGGUUUCAUCCAAGUCAGCUGGCCAGCAUGCAGAUCUUACGCGAACAUUAUUAUAUGAAGUUGUCCUCUAUGAGGUAUUGAAAGCGCAUUUUAUGGCAAUGUCAAGGAAUAUCAUGC